GGCCGUGAAAUGUGUCUGCUGAUUGUAAUGACCGUCCGUAGCCCUACUGUGUACCUAACUAGUGCCGACAAAGUUGUGUAGGUGUGUAUUAAAAUGACAGUAUCGAACAAGCAUUGUUUUCCUCUUGUGUUUAUGUAAGUGAUAAAGCUAGGAACAUAUUCAGCUAAAAUUUAGCUGGAAAUACGUUUGGAAAAGCCAAAUGUAGAUAGGAUUCUUCCACACUCUAUUACGUGAAAAAAAAACUUUAGAGCUCCGCUUUGUAAGGUUUUUAGAUAACCUUGAAACGUAUAUAACGAACAGCUCACGAAUUUGAGCCUGAUCAAAAGUAGCUGCCAAUUGAUAGGUUUUGAAAUGAUACGUGCCAGUUGUUUACUAUUAACAUCCCCUAGCUGCCUGCGCCUGCAGAAAAGCAUUGUUCAUCGCCAUGUGAUGAGAGCAGCAGCAUCCAAAAAACUUGAAGUCUCUGGGAUUGAAGAGAUCACAAAGAAUAAACCAGUAGUUCUCACAACAGUUACUCAAAGUAACCCCAGUCCAGUAGUCAAUCAAGAUGUACUACUUGAAAUUACCAAUGAAAAAACCAUUAAAAAAAUUGAUCCACCUCAGUUGAUGACGCCAGCUAAACUGACAAACCAUUACAGUUCUCUAGCGAAAUUUCGGUUAACCGGUCUUGUCGUAUGCUCCGCCGUUACUGGUUAUGCUAUGGCACCAUUACCAACCGACUUCACUACUUUGGGCCUUUGUCUUCUGGGUACAGCUUUGACGUCUGCCUCUGCAAACACUAUUAACCAGUUUUUCGAAGUACCUUUCGACUCGCAAAUGGCAAGAACGAGCAACCGUGUAUUGGUUCGAGGACUUUUGAGCCCUUUACAUGCUGUAACAUUUGCGGCUGUGAGCGGUACUACCGGUUUGAUAAUAUUGAACUAUGGUGUUAACGGAGUAUGUGCGUCGUUGGGUGCUCUCACGUUGGCGUUGUACACAUUGGUAUAUACCCCAAUGAAGCGGUCAAGCAUAGCCAAUACAUGGGUAGGGUCUGUAGUUGGUGCCCUUCCACCCCUAAUGGGUUAUGCCGGUUGCACUGGAUAUCUAGAUGCCGGAGCAAUGGUGUUGGGAGGAGUGUUAUAUGCAUGGCAGUUUCCUCAUUUCAAUGCGUUAUCUUGGAAUCUUAGAUCCGAUUAUUCGCGUGCUGGCUAUAGGAUGAUGGCUGUCACGAAUCCAGAUCUCUGCCGGAGAACAACCCUGCGACAUACCGCUGCUUUGAUAGGAAUAUGUACGACUGCACCACUUAUUGGGUUAACAACGUGGACAUUUGCUCUGGACUCUUUGCCUGUAAACUUGUAUUUUUUAAUUUUAGCGUGGCGUUUUUACCGCCAUUCAGAUAGCUCUAGUUCUCGGAAACUUUUUCGAAUGUCUUUGGCACAUUUGCCCAUUAUUAUGAUCCUCAUGCUCGUACACAAAAAGAGAGAGGACAGUGAAGACUGGCUGCUUAAAACUAUUCGUGGUCUUUUUCCUGCCCUUUAUCACAGCUGAUGCUCCUUACAAGUAGAACUUAAUAAAGUUUACUAGUCGGACCAGUGUACAUAUGCAGUAUAACAAAGGAAUAAAUGACCGAUGAAAUGAA